CGGACAAAACAAGAAGGGAAAAAAUCGAGACAUUCGCGGGGAGAGGAGAGGGUGGGGGUCCCAUCUUGCAGCUCGAGCUGACGGGCUUCCGACGUUCGAAAAACCCUAGAGCUCCAUUCGCUGCCGAUUCGAUCCGAUCCGAUCUUCUUCCUUCCUCCGCCUUCGCUUCCUCCGCCGUCGCGAUCCGGUGGGGCCUCCCGUCCGUCGAGCUCGCCGGGCCCACCACCCGCCCUCGCGGCGUCUUUCUGGGACCUCAUUUCCCCGGCGCGGACUCCGAGGGGGCGGAAGAAGAGCGCGAUCCGAUGCUUCGGAUUCCGCGCCUCGUCUUUUUGGCGGAAAAAAUUCGUUCUUUAAGUUGAAUUGGGGGGAGGGAGGCUCCGUUCGUUUUUUGAAUUCCCGCCUGGAGAUUUGGGAUGGAGUGAAUCCAGGUGAACUGGGUUGAUUUCGAUAGAGGGAGGGAGAGAUAUGGGUCCGAAGGUGGAAGGGCCGUCGGCGGCGGCGUUGCGGCGAGACCCGUACGAGGUGUUGAAUGUGUCCAGGGAUUCGACCGAUCAGGAAAUCAAAACUGCCUACAGAAAGCUUGCUCUCAAGUAUCACCCUGACAAGAAUGUUGACAAUCCUGAAGCUUCUGAACUUUUUAAGGAGGUUGCAUAUUCAUACAACAUACUAUCUGACCCAGAGAAAAGGAGACAAUACGAUAGCGCAGGGUUUGAGGCUCUCGAUGCUGAAGGCUUGGAUAUGGAAAUCGACUUGUCUAACCUGGGAACUGUCAAUACAAUGUUUGCAGCAUUAUUCAGCAAACUGGGUGUGCCAAUCAAAACUACAAUCUCUGCCAAUGUUCUUGAAGAAGCUAUCAAUGGAACUGUAACAGUACGACCCCUUCCAAUUGGAACAUCAGUCAGUGGAAAGGUGGAUAAGCAAUGUGCUCACUUUUUUGGUGUAACAAUUAAUGAACAACAAGCAGAAGCUGGUAUUGUAGUAAGAGUCACUUCCACAGCACAAAGCAAAUUCAAAUUGCUUUACUUCGAACAAGAGGCCAAUGGUGGUUAUAAUUUGGCCUUACAGGAAGACAGCGAGAAAACAGGCAAGGUGACAUCUGCAGGAAUGUACUUUCUACAUUUCCAAGUUUACCGAAUGGAUUCAACCGUGAAUGCAUUGGCAAUGGCCAAGGAUCCUGAAGCUGCAUUCUUUAAAAGGUUGGAAGGUCUACAACCUUGUGAGGUUUCAGAACUUAAAGCUGGAACUCACAUCUUCGCUGUCUAUGGAGAUAACUUUUUCAAGCCUGCAAGCUACGUGAUAGAGGCUCUAUGUGCAAGAUCAUAUGAAGAUUCAACGCUGAAGCUGAAGGAAAUUGAGGCUCAGAUAUUGAGAAAAAGGACGGAUCUACGCCAAUUUGAGACAGAGUAUAGGAAGGCCCUUGCACGAUUUCAGGAGGCGACCAACAGAUACAGCCAGGAAAAGCAGUCUGUAGAUGAGUUACUAAAACAAAGGGAUGGCAUUCAUUCUUCGUUCACUGUAACCCGGGUAGCAAGUGGUGACUUUGGUAGCAGUGGUACUGCUGGUAAUGGUACUAGCAGCAGCAGCAGCAGCAACAGAGUUCCAGGUGAAGAUUCGAAGAUGGGAAGUCCAGUGGAAGAUGGAUCUGUUGAAGGAAAAGACAAAUCCAAAAAGAAAUGGUUCAACCUUAAUCUCAGAGGAUCUGAUAAAAGGGUUGGUUGAAUUGUAGAAUUGUAUAGAGUGUAUUUAUAUUCAUCCAGCAUUCAACCGAUCAGGGCACUACCUUGCUGUCUCUUAAGAGCUUCAAUCUCAUAUUCACUUAUUACUCGUCUUGUGGGUCUUUUUUUUUUUUUGCUGUUUAUGCAGAAUCAAUGUUGUUUAUAGUGGCUAUUAGUUGUAUCUUGUUUUCAUCUUCCCAGUGCUGACACGAUGUAAUUGUAUCAAGGAAAAAAGGCAGAGAGAAAGAAUGGAGAGGAAAUGUGGUGCCUUUUGUAGUAAUCCUCGCAUUUGCCAUUAGUGUUGCUGUUCUUCCAAUCAUGUAAUAACUCUAACCUGCAGUACAGUAUAAUGAUCGCGAAUGCCCGAUAUGAUUUAUUUCAA